UGCUCUGUUCUCUCGCGCGCACACUCUCCUGUCUCCUGCUUUCCACCGUUAACAUGGAAGGGCUUAAUUAAUGCAUGUGUCCCUCCUGCCCUGAAGCUAAUGAAUUUUAAUUCGCCGUUUGAGACUGGACUUGCAUUUUUUCGGCCGCARAAGCACUGGAAUUUCCUUGUACAGAGUGGAUAACACGGAGGUAUCUGCCGAAUAAUACGUCUUCAGAAAAGAGGCAAAUUAUGCAAGCAGCACCAGAGUCCCUCCCUCUGGUGACGUGCCAGCCCAUUGGUCAGACCGCCCUGUGCCCCUCCUCUAGCCCCGCCCUCUCUACUGGCAGAUCCAUGCUGCUGGACACGCCCCACAGAGCCACGCCCACACCAUGAGCGCCAACGGGCCCGCCCCUGUGGCCCUGGCUUCAGCCCCGGCUACAACCCCAGUCGCCCCACCGGUCGCAGCUCCGGUAGCUGCCCCCACGGCUGCCCCGGUCCCGGUGCCGACCGUCCCGGUGGGCGCGUUGGCACAAAAGAAGCGGGCGCAGUACGCCAAAAGCAAGAAGCAGGGCAGCAACGCCAACACCAGGCCUGCCAGGGCCCUGUUCUGCCUCAAACUUAACAACCCUAUACGAAGAGCCUGCAUCAGCCUGGUGGAGUGGAAGCCAUUUGACAUCUUUAUAUUAAUUGCUAUAUUUGCCAACUGUAUGGCCUUAGCUGUGUAUAUCCCCUUCCCUCAGGAUGACUCCAACUCCACCAACCAUGACCUGGGGGAAGUUGCCCCUUGA